AUGGUUACUGUGCUCCCUGUUCCCUGCGAGAUCCUCCAGGAUGCCGCGCAUGCCCAGGUCGUCGCUUGGGAUGAGCGCUUUCAUGUGUCAGCCGAGGCCGAUGCCGUGGUGAAUGCCCAGGCACAGAGCUCUGCCUUUGGAGCAAGGGACGCCACGGGUGUGGAGGCAGUCAAGGAUGUGAUGCCCACGGAGAUGAGUAGCUUUGAGGAACUCUUGCACCAGGCAGAUGCUGCAGUUGCUAGCAGCCAGCCUUUACAGGUUUUGGACUUCGGCUGCGGUGAUGGGCGCUACUUGAGGCACUUGACCGAGCCGCGCCUCCCAGGGUCUUCACCCGCGGCGUUUGUUGCGAGUGGUGGCUUAUGA